GCGCCCGGCCGAGGGAGAGGUCCCCGCGCCGGGCUUGGGGCCCCGCCGGCGCCGUUCGCCCGCUCCCGGGAGCGCGCCGGGCCGCGGGGGUCCCGGGAGCUGCCCCCAACCGCGACAAAAUGCCGUGCUCUAACAGGCGGUUCACCUUGCCCUUAAUCCAUGUGAAGACCUGUUGGAAACACCUAGAAACACAACAGUUUUCAGUCUCCUAAUAAAUUCUGUUGUGUCCAAGAAGAGCCUGUCCAAAUGAGCAAGACAUCCCAACAGAACACCGCUACAGAUGCGAACGGAGUAAGCGUGAUUCACACCCAAGCACACACGAGUGGUUUGCAGCAGGUUCCCCAGCUGGUGCCCGUUAGUCCUGGUGGCGGAGGCAAAGCUGUGCCUCCGAGCAAACAGGGAAAGAAAAAUUCCUUUGUGGAUAGAAACAGCGAUGAGUAUCGUCAGCGCAGAGAGCGAAACAACAUGGCAGUGAAAAAGAGCCGGUUAAAAAGCAAGCAGAAAGCACAAGACACGCUGCAAAGGGUCAACCAGCUCAAAGAAGAAAAUGAACGUUUAGAGGCAAAAAUUAAGCUCCUGACCAAGGAGCUGAGCGUACUGAAAGACCUGUUCCUUGAGCACGCACACAAUCUUGCAGACAAUGUGCAACCUGUUGGCACUGAAACCACCACAACAAAUCCAGAAAACAAUGGACAGUAGACAUUGUUGCAACCUUACGAAAUGAACUCUGGAGGUGCAGCUUGUCUGCAACGCCCAUGCAGUAACCAAGCAAAAACACUGUUCUUUUAACCAUCAUUUUGUCAAGAUUUUCUUCUUUUAACCAUCAUUUUGUGGAGAUUUUCUUCUUUUUAGGUUUAACACUGAAGAUUUGAUACAAUUAAACCAGAAACUGAUUAGGGUAUUUGUUUUAAAUAUUUUUCUCCUCUAAAAGAUUUAUCUAAUAAAUGCAGACCUAAAUUCAUAGUCAACAAGGAGCUCAGUAUUAGGGAAAUAGCAUUUUCACAGGAAUGUUCACUUACCUUCUUACAGUUUGCAUAAUGGGAGGGAUCCAGCAGGAUGGUUUACUGUAGUAUCAGAAACUUGUAAUUGGAUAAAAUGUCUUUUAAAUACCUUUUAGUGUAUUUAAGUCCUUCGUUUGCUCUGUUACAUAUUACAAAACUGCAAAGGCCAUGGAGGGUGUUUGCUUUCCUGUUUGGUGGACUACUUUAAAUCUGUAGAGCAAGUCCUAUAAAGCACCACUUAGGUCUUUACUGUCCAGUUAACAGUUAAUAAGGAGGGCGUAGUAAUAGUGAGCUGGGAUGCUUACUGAUGUUUUCUAGAAAAAUAGCAAUAUACUAUGAUGAUAUGGUAGUUGGCUUCCAAAUGAGUCUGAAGCACCAUGUACAAGAGGUAAAGCAGCACACUGACAAAGCCUUUUAAGCCUGUGUUCACAUAGUGACUGGGGCCUUAUGAGAACAAGAUUUUGGUUUUCAGAAAAUGUCAAAAUGCUACCAAAAAAAAUGUGCUCUGCAAAAUUGCAUUCUUGCUGGGGUGCAGGUAUUGGGGAGAACAAGAUGUGCAGCUUGGCUAAGCAAUGAAAGGGGUAAGAUGGCAUCUGUUCAGCCAGAAUGUAUGGAUCACUGCUCGUUGACUUUUAUCUCCAUUUUCAUGGCUGUUCAGAUUUGCAGCCCAGAUCUUACAGAAGUUCACAGCUCUUUUAAGGACAAAUGGCCCUAGUUUGAAUAACUGAUUCAGUGAAAUUUCUAUAGUCAUCAUACAGUUGUGUGAAGGAGUAUCCUCAGUCUUAUUUUAUUUUCAUAAAAGUUUUUCUAUAGCAACUUUUUUAAUGCUAGUGCUAAGUCUUUGCCAUGAUCCAUUACGCAGCGGUAUGUACUAUACUGAGGAUUUAAACAAUAAAAGUAAAGCAGGAACUUUGAUGUAACCUUAAUUUAUUUUCAUUUUUAAAUAUUUCAUUGAUGGUAUGGUUGUGUUACAUUUAACCUGUGUGUCUGGCUAGUGGAUUAUUACACUUGUCUUGAUUUCCCUCCUAAACUACUUUUUUCCAUAGAUUAUUUUGUAGGAUGCUUGUUUGCCUUGUAUCUGUACUUAGGAAGAGAACUUGGAUAUUAUCUCUAUGAAGAUGCUGUUAGAAAAUGAAACCUUAAAGAGUUCUUUUUGAAUUUAAACUUUUAAUACACGUGAAAAACUUUCAUGGAUUGUUUUGGAUUCUGGUAGUCUUUUUACAAAGAUACGGUUUUUGGUUCUAGCUGCAGCUUAAGUAGGUAGGGUUGAAAUAUCAGAAGCUAAUAAAAACCUUUUGCUUCUA